AUGUACAGUAGUAGCAACAAUCAAAAUUGGUUUGGUGUCAAUCAUGAGACUGCAACACCACCUUCAAUGAUUCAUCAUCAUCAUCAUGCUGCUGCAAAUAUAUCCACCAACAAUUUACAUCAAAUGAAUGGCAAUCAUCAUGCACAACAUCAUCAUCCUCUACAACAGCAGCAGCACCAGCAGCAUCAUUCCCAAAACAUGUCCUCAAAUCAAAAUAUCUAUUUACGCAAACGUUCCGUUUCCAAUUCAAAUCCUGCCUUAGAUCGUCCAGCCCCAGCACCGGAUAUACCCAUACAAGUGGAAUAUGAAGUGGCGGUACCAUUUGUCUCCACAUACCGCCAUACGCCCUAUCAUUCGCUGUGGGACUUACAUGAAUGCUCAUCUGCCGCACCGCCUACAGGACUAUCACACAUGGCCCGCAUGAUGGAUUCUCUGAUUCUAGAUCAAUAUCCACCAUUUGCUUUUACCAAAAUAACAACAACACAUCGGCCGUCAAAGACAGGCAAUAAAAAGACCGAAACAACAAGGACUACAUCUAUGGGAGGAUUGGUGCCGCCACAAACCUCUACAGGAAUAGGUAUAAGGUUAAAAAAUCGUAUACCCACACAAGAAGUUUCACCUCAGCCGAGACCAAAUACAAAUUUGCCCUCAACUAAUGGUCCCUCGGCCAAUGCCAUACAUGCUAACUCAACAUCAUUUCCCACACACAAUGACAAUAGAUGGAUAUCUUCGUUGAGACGCAGAGAUCCGGAAUUACAGCCCACUUUGCCCUCUAUAAAUCUAAGUCAUCAUGGCAGUUCACACAAUGUGGCCAGCGGCUCGUUGGCCGAUCGUUCAGAGAAACGUAACUCACGCUCUUUAAAGACCUCAACCAUGCCCAUACGUAAAAGUCGUUCCGUGGAACGUGUCAGAGCCCGUAAAAUGAUCAACUCCCAAAUGAAAAUGAAAGACAAGGGCAAGAAAAAUUCCAUAGAUGAAAACUCCAAUUCGGAUGAUCAGGAAGCUACCUCUCUGGAGGAAAAUUCAACCUCACAAAGUACUCCCAAAAAUUCACCGAAAACUUCCUCGAAAUCAAAAGUUUUCUCACCAUCCGGCUAUGAAACGCAUUUAGUUGAGACUCUGGAGAAAGACAUUUUACAAAGGCAUCCGGGUGUCAAGUGGACCGAUGUUGCUGGUUUGAAUGAGGCCAAAUCUAUAUUGCAGGAGGCGGUUGUCUUGCCCAUCAUAAUGCCCGAUUUUUUCAAAGGUAUACGCAGACCUUGGCGUGGUGUUCUAAUGGUGGGUCCACCAGGCACCGGAAAAACUAUGCUGGCCAAGGCUGUGGCUACCGAAUGUGGUACAACGUUCUUUAAUGUUUCCUCCUCGACCCUGACGUCGAAAUAUCGGGGGGAAAGUGAGAAGCUGGUGCGCUUAUUAUUCGAAAUGGCUAGAUUUUAUGCUCCCAGCACAAUAUUUAUUGAUGAGAUCGAUGCAUUGUGUUCGGCGAGACGUAGUGAUUCGGAGCAUGAGGCUAGUCGUCGUUUCAAAGCUGAACUAUUGAUACAAAUGGAUGGAUUAAAUGCCACAAUGCAAGAUGAUAAAGUCAUUAUGGUUCUGGCAGCCACUAAUCAUCCGUGGGAUAUUGAUGAAGCUUUUCGAAGACGUUUCGAAAAACGUAUCUACAUAGCGCUGCCGAAUGAGGAAACCCGUUCGGCUUUAUUGAAACUUUGCCUAAAAGAUGUCAAUCUCUCACCUUCUCUGGACACCAACAUGAUUGGUGAUCAAAUGAAGGGCUACUCAGGUUUUGAUAUUAGCAACGUAUGUCGCGAUGCUGCCAUGAUGCCCAUGCGUCGACAAAUUUUCGGACGUACCCCCGAAGAGAUACGACAAAUACGCCGUGAAGAAAUCGAUUUACCCAUAACACUGCAAGAUUUCCAGGAUGCCAUGCAGCGUACUAAGAAAUCAGUGUCGGCCGAUGAUGUCAAUCGUUUUGAAAAAUGGAUGGAGGAAUAUGGCUCUUGCUGAAUACGUAUCU